AUGAUUUGCUUUAAUCAAAGAGGCCCAAAUCGGCCUAAACGCCAACAAGAUAGUGGCUGGUCAUAUCUUGUGUGUGCUUGCGCGUUUGUCUGCCAAGCGGGGAACAUGGGCCUUAUUUUGAGCUUUGGAGUCCUUUUUCCGGUCAUCAUGGAACGCUUUAACUCAAAACGACAAGAUAUAGCUUGGAUCAGUUCCUUAGCAUACUUUCUUUUACUUUUUUCCAGUCCUGUGGCUGGUCGUCUAUCAGAGAAAUUUAGCUGCCGCUUCGUCACCAUGCUUGGGGUGCUGUCUUCAACAGUUGGACUUGUUUUAGCAUCAUUUGCCAAAAGUGCCUUCGUCUACUAUUUGACUUACAGCUUGUUUGUUGGGUUCGGUAUCUGCUGUGUUCGUGUAUCAAAUUUCUUAAUUGUUUCAAAAUAUUUCUGCAAAAGGAAGCCAUUUGCUACAGGGAUACUAACAUCUGCUGCUGGAAUGGGUCUAUUUGUGUUUGCACCGCUAACCGAAAGUUUACUGGAUAGGUUCGGUUUAGAAAAAACUUUAAGAUUCCUGGCUGGAACUGUAUUUGUAACGGGGAUUCCAGCACUGGCAUAUGAUCCUAAUGUGCAGGAAAAUGAAUCAAAUAACGCAACGAUACAAUUGCAACAAGAGAAAUUCAAUGAAAGGACACAAACAAAGCUGGUGGACUGUUCUGUCUGGCGAGUGCCGACGUUUACCGUCUUUGCAUUGACAUUUGCGUUAGAUCGCUUCGGACAGUCACCUACUCGAACUCACUUGGUGAAAUACGCAGAAGAACAAGGGCUCCCAGCAGACAGUUCGUCAAGGUUAUUGAUGUACUUUGGUUUAGCCUCGUGUAUUGCAAGACUGGUAGCAGGUUGUGUUUGUGAUCUAACGCGAGUCAACCCUCGCUAUAUUUUUCAAGUGGGCAGCCUUAUCACCGCGGUAUCUGUUAUUCUUCUUCCUUUGGCGAAUAGUCAAACUCGUUUCAUUUUAUGUAGUGUCUCUUUUGGCGUUGGAAAUGGUAUAACUUUAACUUCAAUGAAUGUCGUACUUUUGAACUGCGUGGAAGCAAAGAGGAGAGCCUCAGCCUUUGGCCUGGCGAACUUUUUGAGCUCUUUCUCCGUUCUUUCUUCUCCUCCUUUGAUUGGUUUCAUUGCUGAUGAGUUUCAUUCUUACAAGCCUGCGUUUUAUUUGGUCGGCAGUGUUUUACUGGCCAGUACCGCUCUUCCAUUUGUCAUCUUUUGCGUAAAAGUGAACCGACGCGAUGAAAGGGAACCUCAAACGCUGAUAAUGCCCGUGGAAAACCAUGGUCAAAUUCAGUACGUCUCUUCCUGUUAGAAAUACGUACAAAGUAAAUAAACUAAACCCCUUCACCACGAGCGACCUCG